UCAUGAUAAAAUAAUAUCAGAGUUGGAUCAGGUUUGCCCAGUUUGGUGGGCCUUUUAGUGGGUCCCCCAUGGGGAUGGGGGUGUAACAAAUUGAUCAAGGAAAACUGUACAUCCUAUAUUGGAAAAACUUGAGGAGGGCUUGAUUAUAUAAAUGGGUUUGAUGCACGCUUUAGAGCUAUUUUUUUUUUUUUAAAAAAUAAUGAUUCCAUGACAUGUUAGUUUGAAGCUUUUCAAGUCUUUUACUUUAAAGAUUGAAAAUAAAGGUCAUUUACUCUUUUUGAAAUUAUAAAAAUUAAAGAAUUAAAAUUAAAACAGGGAUAAAUGGGGGGAAAAAAACUUGCGAGCGAGUAAUUAGUUGCACUUGACACCCAGCGCGAAUGUUUAUUUUAGGUUAAGAGCUUUCCAUAAUAUCCCGCGUUGCUUUGUGCCAUUUCUGGCGGUUUCUUGUUUCUCAGUUCAGGUCGGUGCUCAUCUGCGCAUGUCCCUCCCAACGUUUGGCGUGCCCAUCUACUCUAUUUGACGGAUGAAACAACUGGUGUCUAGAAAUUGUUCAUAUCUCACCAGCUUUGCAGGGGUCCAGAAGCUGAAUAGUAAGAUACUGGUUUGUCCAAGAGUGGAAGCAAUGAGGUCUAAAAGAUCCUUCUCAAAUUCACCAGAACCUGUGCCACCAAUUGUUGAAAGCAAAAAAAAUAAGAAGCUUGAAGUAUUGCGAACGAGCUCAAGUUCUAAGAAGCCUAUUGUAGAGGAAAACGAAUUCGAUAGCUACUCCAUUGAGAUUGAGAGAUUAAAAAGUGACCCGGCCAAGAUAGAAAAAAUGACGGUUCAGGAACUACGGAAUACAUUAAGGAUUGUUAAGGUCCCUGCCAAAGGUCGUAAAGAUGAUCUUGUGUCUGCCUUGAAGUCUUUCAUGGACAAUAAGAUGUGGGGACAAGGUUCUCAACUAACAGAAGAACAAGGGCUAUUAAUUUCUGCUGAUAGCACUUCAAUAAGUUUGAAAGCUAAAAAGCUAUCAGAUAAAGGCACAGUUGAUGAUAUACAGCUGGGAUCUGACGGCAAAAAUGUCAAAGUGGCGACCAAGAAGAAGAUGGCAGUGAAAUAUGAAGAGGUGUCAGGUUUGAAACCUUCCCGGCAAAAGAGAAAAGCAUCUGCAGACAUUGUGGGUGAUGUUGCACAGUCAGAACAAGUCAAUGCACCCAUUGUUUUAACUGAACCAUGGACUGUUCUGGCACACAAGAAGCCACAGAAAGGAUGGAUUGCGUAUAAUCCUAGUACUAUGAGACCUCCACAUCUUACUCGGGAUACAAAAUUUAUCAAGUUUUUGUCUUGGAAUGUCAAUGGAUUGAGAGCUUUAUUGAAACUAGAUGGAUUUUCAGCCCUUCAACUUGCCCAAAGGGAAGAUUUUGACGUGUUGUGCUUGCAAGAGACUAAAAUGCAGGAGAAGGAUAUUGACAUGAUCAAAUCCUCCUUAAUAGAUGGCUAUGAGAACAGUUUCUGGACAUGUAGUGUGUCUAAACUUGGUUACUCUGGAACAGCAAUAAUCUCAAGGGUAAAGCCACUUUCGGUCAGAUAUGGCUUAGGCAUACCAGAUCAUGAUAGUGAAGGGAGAAUCAUAACUGCGGAGUUUGAGUCAUUUUAUUUAAUUUCUGGAUACGUCCCUAAUUCUGGAGAUGGCUUAAAAAGACUGUCUUACAGGACUACUCAGUGGGAUCCAUCUCUCAGUAAUUAUAUGAAAGAGCUGGAAAAGUCAAAACCAGUAAUUUUAACUGGUGAUCUAAAUUGUGCUCAUGAAGAGAUAGACAUAUAUAACCCUGCUGGAAAUAGAAGAAGUGCUGGUUUUACGGAUGAAGAAAGGAUUUUCACAGAAAACUUCUUAUCAAAGGGAUUUGUGGAUACCUUCAGAAGGCAGCACCCUGGGGUAGUUGGAUAUACUUACUGGGGUUAUCGACAUGGUGGGCGCAAGGCUAACAAAGGGUGGCGAUUGGAUUAUUUCCUUGUUUCGGAAUCCAUAGCUGACAAGGUUCACGACUCCUACAUUCUCCCCGAUGUAGCUGGCAGUGAUCAUUGCCCUAUUGGCCUUGUUGUCAAGUUGUAGCCCUACUUAAUCAUCGUAGCUGAUCUUGCAGUGGCAUUGCCUAAUUACCCAACCAUGGAUUUUAUUUUUAUCUUUUGGUUUUGUGCAAUUGUUAAUUACUGAGCCAUGGUUUCCUCCAACACACCAGACCCAUGCAGGGGUUUGAAUGGUGUUUUUAAUGGUUACAUUUGGGCGCUGGACAGUUCAUGUUUGUUAUUUGAAAUUGUCUUUUUUGCUUUUCUCA